ACAGCAGCACAAAAAUACCACUUUCUUCUAAAAUUUCCUCCCCUUAUAAAGCACAACAAACUUAGCUUCUUACCUUUAUCCAGCUACAUUUCCUCAGCCUCUUUCUCUCCCCUUAGUUUCUUGGUAACACUAACAUGGUUUCCUUGGAAGGUGCCUCUAGAUCCGACGAGCCUACGUCUAGUCCCCGAAUUUCCUUCUCUUCAGAAUUUCUUGAUGAGAAAAACUUCAUAUCCAUUACUCCAAAUGAACAAGCAGAAAAAGAGCGAAAAUAUCAGCAAGAGAGAGCGCGAAGUGCAGCAGAAUUCGAGUUCCUUUCCAACAAGUUAACCAGCGAAAAGAUGAUCACAGCGGACGAGCUGUUCUUCGAGGGUAAGUUACGUCCAUAUUGGCAAAUGCAUUAUGCUGAAAAGCUCAACAAGAUUAGUUUAAAAACUGAACAUGCUGAGGAAGAAAUAUUGAAUAAUACUGAGGUGAAGAGCAAGGAAGAAACUAGGCCAAUAAAUUGGUUUAUUGAUGAGGAUCCAUCUCCUAGGCCACCAAAAUGCACUGUUUUAUGGAAAGAGUUGUUAAGAUUGAAGCAGAAAAGAGCUUCUUCAUUAUCACCUUCUUCUUCUACUUCUUCCUCAUCUUCUUCAAGUUCACUUGCUGAUAUUUCUGUAGCAGAUCACGAGAAAAGCAAAGGUCAAGGAAUCAAAGAGAAGAAUGUGAAGAGGAUUAAGAAAGGAUUGGAGAGAAGUAAAUCAGAAAGUUUAAGAGUUAGACCUGUGAUUCAUAUGCCAAUUUGCACACAGGGAAAAAACAGUGCACGGCCACCUUUGUUUUCCCUUAAGAAAGGAAGAGCAAUAGAGAGGUGAAGAAGAACUUUCCCAUUGUUGGUCAUUAUGUAGAGAUGUUCUUUCAUGUCUCCUUUUAAUUUUUAUUUGUUUUUCUUUUUCCAAUUUGAUUUGGUUUCGGGGCUUCUUUUAAUUUCUUUCUUCUCCUGAGUUUAGAUUACAUGUUUCGUCAUAGGAUCUGAUGAAUUACCAUGUUGAUGUGUUCAUUUCUUGUAAUGUAUCAUAAGCUAAUUCCAUCUAGUUUCAAGAGUUACUGUAA